GCUCGCACUCUGCACCUGUCCCGGGGUUUUGCGGCGCCGCUCGCGGAGGACAGCUGCCCCCCGGAGAGAGGCUGCGCUGGACUGACCCGCUCCUUCUGAACACGUGACGAGCGCGUGUGGGUCGAGUGGGCCAUCUCUUUAUCGCGGGGACGCCUGGAAUGCACGGUGACUCAACGGGGCGUCGGCUUCUAGGGAAGGCCAGGCUGGAGCUUGGGUUGAACCCCCUCGCGGGGUCCGUUACUGUGUCCGUUACCACAUGUGGCAUCGCCAUCCUGGUAUUCACGAGGACACACAGCUCAUCUUCUCCAGUUCAGAAGGCUGCGGGAGCGAGACUCCGGUUGGAUUUGGCAACGCAAGACUGCUGAAGACCAGAGCUUUGAGCUUUCAGCAGGAGUUUGCGUUUGACAGCAAGGCCGACUUGGACAGGAGCACCCGUGACAUCGACGCACAUCUCCUUGCAAUUCUUCCCAAAGUUUCAGAACUAAAGAAACACUUUGAAAGUGUUGCCUCGAGCGAUCUGGAAAUGAACAGGAAGGAGCGCAUGGCCCGCCGUCUGGAGGGCAUCGAGAGCGAUUCGAGCCUGGUGGCCAGUCGGCUGCUGGAGGAGGACACUCCGCGCUACACCCGGGCCUCGGACCCCGGUGACCCCUGUGUUGUGGUUCACCGGUACAGCAGAGACGACCCGGAGUCUGCAGGCGUUCAAGUGAGCGCCCCCGAGAGGCAGUCCAGAGCGCGGAGUCGAGCAGAGCCCCAGCUGGCCCACGCUGCCCCCGCUGCCCCCACUGCCCCCGGGUAUGGCUCCGCCAACGCAUCCCCAUCGUCAGCCAUGGAUUCCAAGGCAGAGCGGAUCGCCCGCUACAAGGCGGAGCGACGGCGGCAGUUGGCGGAGCGCUACGGUGUGUCCCUGGAGCACGAGGCUGAGGCAGAGCUAGCGCCGCGCUACGUGCGAGCGCGGGCGGACCAGGAGACCAGGCGGGGUUACGGCCGAGGCCAGGGGCUAGAGGAGAGGUCCCUGGGGCGGGGUGGAGGAACUUCCUACAGCAGCAGCUCGGGGGUGGGUCGAGUGUUCAUGCCGGCGCAACCGGACCCCCCGAGCGGGGAGAAGGCGGAUGGCUUCACGGAACGCGAGAGGGUGAUGAACCUGGAGAACCGCAGAAGGGACAAAGAGAGAGCGGCCCGACCUGCAUCCGCCGCCGGGCCCCCUGCCAAGGACUCGUCCUUAGCGGCAGUGCCGAGUUCCCCAAAGGGGUCCCGCAGGGCCUCGCUGCCCUCUGCCAGGCACGGCGUAUCACCUGGAGACCUGUUCAUCGAGCAGCAGGCGCAGAGCAUCCUCAGCAGACAGGGAAUUAGACUAAGGGAGAAGCGACCAGCGGACAACUCUGAGCCGGGGUCUGACAUAUCAGUUCCCAGGCGACACUCCCAGGUCUCCACGCAGUUUGUGACACCGCAUGUGGAUCCCGCCCACAACAGGAUGGAGCCUGCCCGUGUGUGGAUAGACCCCACCCAUAGCGGGGAAGACUCCUCCUACGGCAGGAUAGACCAAUCCCGCAGCAGAACGGACCCUGCACACUCUGACAUAGGGCAGCAGAUGUACAGCUCGGUCCAGCUCGUAGGGGGUCUUACUCGAGUCACCAGGUUCGAACACGUGGGAGGCCGGGGGGGCGUCGAUGGCCGUGGCAGGGAUGAAGUGAAAAGGAGGAGCAGCUCAGAGAACAUCCUUGAAGCACAGCAGGACGGUGGGCCGCCCAUCAGGACGGAGGGGCUGUUGAAGAGCAGGAAGGCCGUGCUGCCGUCCGAGGUGCGGCGUCGGGAGAGGAGUGUCGACGACCCCUAUCGAGGAGGACGAGAGCUGGAAGCGGGCCGCAAAGUGAGCCACCGGUUGAGCCGAGACAUGGAGGAGUACGCCCCCAGACUAGUGGAACCCUCAGCCAGACUUGCCGAACGUGCCCCCAUACUCAUGGAACCUGCUCCCAGACUUGUUGAACAUGCCCCCAGGCUCAUCGAGUAUGCCCCCAGGCUCGUGGAACCCGCCCCCAGACUGACAGAGCAAACAUCUACAGCACCGGAACACACAUCCAGGACAGUGACACGUAUAUCUAGGCCUGCUGAGUACGUUCACAGAAACUCUGACAACGUCCCCAGGCAGUUGGCUCGUACGUCCAAACCCAUAGAGCGAACAUCUAGCGCCACUGAUCUCGCCAUCAGGCCAGUGGGGCACACAUCCAGACAGACGGAGCGCGGCUCCGGUCCAGCAGGGGGUGCUGCGGGCCAGGGAACGGCUGUCACCCAGGAAACGCUGAGGGGCGGCCACCUGGGGAGCGAGAUGCCAGUGUAUCUCCGUAGGGGAGCGUCCUUCCUCCCGGCUCAGCACAGGAUCACAGAGACCUCUGCAACGAAGCAGAAGAUUCGCACGCGGUCCAUGUCGGACAUCGGGGUGACCCAGCGCUCAUCCAGAGUGGUCAUCCGGAGCGUGGAACAGACGGCGAGCAAGGAGGCCCCGGUGUCCAACGGCGAGCUCGGCACUCUGGACACGCGGGUCUCCGUGGCUCAGCUCCGCCACUCCUACCUGGAGAACGCCAACGCAGUCAGGAAGCCCGAACCGGAGGCUCGAGCUGAACUGGCGGCGCUGGAGGCUGAGUCGGCCGCAAGGGCUGAGCGCGAGAGGGGGGCCCGGAAGCCAAGGCGCUAUAUCUCCCCCGGGGACGAUAGAAAGACCUCUGAGAGGUUUAGGACCCAGCCGAUCACCUCUGCAGAACGACUGGAGUCCAGUAGGAGCUGCUUGAGUCCCACAGAGCUGCAAGGCACCGAAGGCGAUGAAGAAAAGCUGGAUGAGAGGGCCAAGCUGAGCGUCGCAGCCAAGCGGUCCCUCUUCAGGGUGUGUGGUGCCUCCUUGCUGUCUCCUAACGCACAGGAGAUGGAGAAGACCAGCGAAGGAGGCGUUCCGAAGCCGCGCUCCCGCAACGCGGCCGUGGAGAGGAGGUUGAGGCGCGCACAGGACCGCUCUCGGACGCAGCCCGUCACCACCGAGGAGGUCGUCAUCGCCGCCACCGUCCCCGCCCACAUCGCCGCACCGCGAAUCCCGAGUCCCACGGUGGUCACCAGCACCAUCACGUCCUUCAGCCUACAGGCAUCCUCGCAGCAGGGCCCACUCGACUCUCAGCCGACCCCAGUCCCACCGGCGGCGAUGCCAGAGGAGAGCCCCGAGGAGCCGGACACGUCCACUCUCAGCCUGGCUGAGAAGAUGGCGCUGUUCAACCGGCUGGCGCAGCCCAUCGCCAAGGGUCCCGGCGAGGGGGGCGGGGCUGCGUCCGAGGCUCGACAGCGGAGGGCCGCCGCCCGCUUCCAAACCCAGCCCAUUACCCUGGGGGAGGUGGCACAGGAGGGGACUCCGGCGGGUCCUGGUUUAACAACAAACAGCUUUGUAGAGCUCCAGCAGAGGGAUGUUGAUGCCCACCAUGUCCAGAACGAAGGAGGAGGAAUCAAGCUGGAACCUCUGUCGGCUUCGUUGGUUCGGUCCGGCCCCGUGCACGCAGGCACGGUGUCGGUGGCCCAUGUCGGUGAUGUCCACCUGAGCAAAUCGACAGCCAUUUCGUUCAAACCGCCAUCCCCACCCACCAUGGCCCCGCCCAACCCACCAGGACCCUCGCGGGUUGCUGACAUCAGCACAGCGAACGUGGCCGCUCCAGAGCUCCUCCCAGAUCAGCUGUCUCAGAAGCAGGCGGAGGUGAAAGGCUCAUUCCACAGCAUCUCACUGGCUGGCCCAAGAAAGGAGGCAAGGCCAGGUGGGGAGAGUGGCACCGGGGGCGGAGCUGGAGAUAGAGGAGAAGGAGGAGAAAGAGGAGGAGAAGGAGGUGUCGGCUGGAGGAAGCUCCGUUCUCCUCAGGGGGAACACGAGACCCGGCAGCCAAACCAGAGCGGCGAGUGCAACGCCGGCCCCCUGGCCCAGAGGCGCGGUUCCCUUCCCCAAAGGGGAGAGACGGAGGCACGCGCCCCCCGCAGAGACGAGAGCGCCGUCGCCCAGGCAACGCAGGAACACAGAGGAUACCUGAGGGAGACAAAGUCCUUGCAGCACCUGCACGAGACGGAGAGGGUCCUGCACUCCCAAACGGUGGUCUCAGAGCUGCUGGAGACCAGUGUCUCAGUGAGAGCGGCGACUGCAGCGACUGAGACAGCGGCGGCUCCCAGCUCCAUCUCCGAGGCUCAGAGAACCCUGGCAGAGGAGCGUCCGCAGGACCCUGGCGACAACGCCCCACUGGACCGCCGGCCCACAGAGGAGGAGGACCUCGACGGGAUGUCUGUCCGACAGAUGUCCAUCAAAGAGAGGCUGGCACUCCUGAAGAAGAGCGGUGAGGAGGACUGGAGAAACCGCAUCAAUAAGAAGCAGGAGGUGGUGAAGGCAGCCGUGCAGGAGCAGCACACCCAGCUAUGGGAGCUCGAGGACAGCUUCAAGAAGAAGGAAGAACGGAGGACAAUUGAUGACCUGGCUAUGUCUGACCAGUUCUGGGAGCCUGUCUUUUCCUCAACCUACUCACCUCCCCCCACCGUUGGCCAACCUGGUUCAUAUGUCGAUUCUCCUGGCCAGGUCAGCCCACCCAGCAGUAGAGAGCUCCCAGCUGUCCAGUUGGACGGUCGUCACCCAUGGAGAAGGAAGAGGAUGGGUGAGGAGAUUGAGGCUCAGAUGACCAUUGAGGAGAGAAAGCAGCUGAUCACCUCCAAAGAGGAGACGUGGAGGUCCAAGGGCCAGGGAGCGGCCAACGACUCAGCCCAGUUCACGGUUGCUGCGCGCAUGGUCAAGAAAGGUCUGACGGUCCCUUCCAUCCUCAACCCCCUCUUGUCCCCUUUGACUGGCAACGUGAAGAGUAGUGCAUCAGCAAUCGGCAAGCCCCAGGAAGAAAUUGAAGCAAGACCAGAUAUGAACUUGGAGUCCGACCAUAAACUUGAUAAGCUGGAGUCCUUUUUGGGGCGUUUGAAUAGUAAAGUGGCAGGACUACAGGAGACAACGCUGACUGUAACCGAGAAAGCCGUCAAGGAAGUGAUGAAGCUGGACGAUGAGAUCUUCUCCAAGUUCUACCGCCGAAUGGCAGAGUUUCCCAGGAUAGGCAGCAGAAUAGAGAUCACCGAUGACUUUGACAGCAUCUUUGGUCCUCAUACACCCAAACUGACCUCCGCCAUGGUGGAGCACAAGCGGGCGGUACGGCCACUACGGAACGUCCAGGCAUCGCGAAACCCUCUGAAGAUGCUGGCAGCACGCGAGGACAUUCGGCACGAGUACAUGGAGCAGCGUCUCAACGUGGGCCUGCUGGAAUCUAAGAGGAUGAAGUCAGAAAAGAUGAACAAGGCAUCUGGUUUCUCGGAGGCUGCUAUUGCCGGCCUGGCCAGCAAGGAGAGCUUUAGCAAUGUUAGUCUGCGCAGUGUCAACAUCACCGAGCAGAUGUCCAACAACAGCGCCGUGCCCUACAAGAAACUCAUGCUCAUGCAAGUGAAAGAAGAACAGAAAUGUUAUUCCACGUUCCCAGGCCGGCGGCAUGUGCAGACACGGUUAGUGGAGCCCAGAGCCUCCUCGAUCAACAGCGGUGACUGCUUCCUCCUCGUCACGCCGCAGCACUGCUUUGUGUGGAUGGGCGAGUUCGCCAACGUCAUCGAGAAAGCCAAAGCCUCGGAGCUCGCCGUGUUCAUUCAAACCAAGCGUGACCUUGGCUGCCGGGCCAGCCACGUGCAGACUAUCGAGGAAGGUGUCGACAGCCAGAGCCAUGCGGCCAAAGAGUUCUGGAAUCUUCUUGGAGGACAAGCCAACUACCAGCCGGCUGGACCCCCAGAGGAAGAUGAGAUGUAUGAGAGUGCCAUUACAGAGACCAACUGCACCUAUCGUCUGAUGGAAGACAAGUUGGUUCCUGAUGACGACUUCUGGGGCAGAGCUCCUCGUAGUUCACUUCUGAACUCCAAGGAGGUGCUGGUGUUCGACUUCGGCAGCGAGGUGUAUGUCUGGCACGGCAAGGAAGUGACACUGCCGCAGAGGAAGGUGGCCUUCCAACUGGCCAAGCACCUAUGGAAUGGCACAUUCGACUAUACCAACUGUGACGUCAACCCCCUGGAUCCAGGCGGCUGCAACUCCCUCAUCCCCAGGAAAGGUCAGGGACGGCCGGACUGGGCAAUCUUCGGCAGGCUGACGGAACACAAUGAGACCACGCUGUUCAAAGAGAAGUUCCUGGACUGGACUGACACAAAAAGGUCUUCCCCAAAGAACGCCAAUGAGCAAGCCUCUGAGCAGAAGGAUCAGCAGGGGCAUGAGUGUCGGCCAUACGACGCUUUACUGAUGCUGCCUGUGCUGCAGACCCCAGUUAGCACAGUGUUGGAUGGCGUGGACGUGGGGCGGGGCUACGGCCUGGUGGAGGGAGAUGACCGGCGCCGCUUUGAGAUCAACACGCUGUCCGUGGAUGUGUGGCACAUCCUGGAGUUUGACUACAGCCGGCUGCCACGCCAGAGCAUUGGCCAGUUCCACGAGGGAGAUGCCUAUGUAGUCAAGUGGCGCUACAUGGUGAGCGCUACAGUCGGGAGAAGGCAGAACCCAGAGCAGGUGCGGGCGUCCGGUGCGGGGAAGGAGAAGUGCUCCUACUUUUUCUGGCAGGGCCGUCACUCCACGGUGAGCGAGAAGGGAACGUCGGCGCUGAUGACAGUGGAGCUGGACGAGGAGCGGGGCGCCCAGGUGCAGGUGCAGCAGGGCAAGGAGCCUCCGUGUUUUCUGCAGUGUUUCAAUGGAGGGAUGAUCGUCCACUCGGGAAAGAGAGAGGAGGAGGAGGAGAACACACAGAGCGAGUGGCGGCUGUACUGUGUGCGCGGUGAGGUGCCGGUGGAGGGACACCUGCUGGAAGUGGCAUGUCACUGCAGCAGCCUGCGCUCACGCACAUCCAUGAUCUUGCUCAACGUGAACCGAGCCCUCAUCUACCUAUGGCAUGGCUGCAAAGCCCAGCUGCACACGCGCCAAGUGGGCCGCACUGCUGCCAACUGCAUCAAAGAGCAGUGUCCUCUGGAGGCGGGGCUUCAUAGCAGCAGCAAGGUGACCAUUCACGAGUGUGACGAAGGUGCCGAACCCGCAGGCUUCUGGGAUGCUGUUGGGCGGAGGGACAGGAAGGCCUACGACUGCAUGCUGCAAGAUCCCGGGAAAUUCGACUUCACACCUCGCCUCUUCCAGCUGAGCAGCUCCUCAGGGGAGUUUGUGGCCGUGGAGUUCUUCUAUCCCGCCCGGCACCCUGAGCUGGUCACCUCGUUGCCCUUCCUACAGGAGGAGCUGUACACCGCCAUGCAGCCUGCUCUCUUCUUGGUGGACAACUUCCAUGAGGUUUACCUGUGGCAGGGCUGGUGGCCUCAGGAUUGCGAGAGCACAGGCUCCGCCCGCAUCCGCUGGGACGCCGAUAGGAAGUGCGCCAUGGAAACUGUGCUGCAGUACUGUAGAGAGAAGAAUGAGAAGAAGCCUCAGAAAUCAUACCUGAUCCACGCCGGCCUCGAACCCCUCACUUUCACCAACAUGUUCCCCAGCUGGGAACACCGGGAGGACAUUGCCGAGAUCACAGAGCGGGAGGCAGAAGUGUGCAACCAGAUCAUCCUGGUGGAAGAUGUUUUGGCGCGCCUGUGUCAGAGCUCCUACCCGCUGGAGGAGCUGCUGGCACGGCCCCUCCCGGAGGGCGUGGAUCCCCUGCGCCUGGAGGCUUACCUGUCCGAUGAGGACUUUGAGAGAGCACUGGAGAUGACGAGGGAAGAGUUCGAAGGACUGCCUGGAUGGAAGCAAAUGAAUGUGAAGAAGGCAAAGGGUUUGUUUUAGACGGAGUGCGGUCGACAGGGUACCCUCAGUAAGAGGAUGUAGCAGAUGGAGGGUUGGGGGAGGAGCGAACCAGCUGCUCGCUCCAACCCCCUCAUCGAAUGCAGGCCAAACGGGAUGGACUUGCAGGUUGCACAAUUGUCAAGGAGUGGAAUCAAGUUGGUAAGCUGUUGGAAAACAGUCCUCAACCAGUCAGAAAUAGUCUGCUGUCACAAUUAAUCAGAACCAUUCAGCUGUCACACUUAACCAAUCAGAACCAUUCUGCUGUCACACUUAACCAAUCAGCACCGGUCUGUUGUCACAAUUAACCAAUCUGAGUUAAUCUGCUGUCUCCCUUAACCAGUCGGAGCUAGUUUGCAGUCACAGUGUGCCAGCCUCCUAGAGCAUUUCUUGGUUUUGCUGCUGCUGUUUUUGUUAAUUUAUUUGAUUUUCAUUUUCUUAUUUCUGUAGGAUGGUUUUGGGUGUUCAGCGGCUUUGUCCAGGGUCUGACCAGUUUUUGCAUUUCAGACACUCACAAAUAAUUUAUGAGCACUUAUCUCAUUCUGUCACUGGCCCCUGGGGAGCGGCACCCCUAUCGUGUACCACCUGUCCUUAUGACACUUUUAUUUUGUGUGUGAUUGUGCAAUAUAUAAAUAACCUGUAUUUAUGUAAACACCGUAUAGUUCAAAAAGAGCAGGGAAAAUGCAAAGAAUUUAUGUUGAGAGGUUUGUGUCAUAUGUUGAUAUGAAUGAUUUUUUUUUUUUUCUGUUUUCUAUUAAAUGCAAGGAGGAAGAAAAAUGCCAAGGAUUCAUAUUUUUAUUCUGCAUUCUGAUGCAUCUGCGGCCCUCGGGCCCUCCUCGUUCGGGUGCUAAGAUCAGACAUUUGUAUUUUAAAGGCUUGCAAUUAAAAUGUUUCCUUGUGAGUUUAAACAAUGUAUAGUGCCUUGCUUUUUUGUACAGUUUAUAUACAGAAAGAUUUUAGUAUGCAUUUCGAGAGACUUUUUUUUGUGAUAAGAGGAAAUAAGAAAAUAAAUGGAAAUCUUUA